AUGCUGAAGAGACGGCUACUGUCCAGACGAGGGUACUUCAUAGUCUACGACUCCCGUGGUAACCCAACCGUUGAAGUGGAGCUGACCACUGAGCAUGGAACGUUCAGAUCAAUUGCAGUUGAGUUGAGGGACGGCGACAAGACCAAGUGGGGCGGUAAAGGUGUCCUGAAGGCCGUCUCAAAUGUCAACGACAUCAUUGGUCCUGCGGUGAUCAAGGCCAAUAUCGACGUCAAGGACCAAAAGGCAAUGGACAAGUUCCUUAUCGAGCUUGAUGGUACGCCAAACAAGUCUAAGCUUGGUGCUAACGCAUUGUUGGGUGUCUCACUGGCCACCUCAUUGGCCGCUGCUGCUGAGAAGAAGAUUCCACUGUAUCAGCAUAUCAAGGAGUUGUCGAACACACCGGGCCCUUACGUUUUGCCAGUUCCUUUCCAGAACGUGUUGAACGGUGGUGUGCACGCUGGUGGUGACCUUGCAUUCCAAGAGUUCAUGCUUGCCCCAAUUGGUGCCUCAUCUUUCUCUGAAGCCCUUAGAAUGAACUCGGAAAUUUACCACAUCUUGAAGAACUUGGCAAAGGAAAAGUACGGUCAAUCUGCUGGUAAUGUGGGUGAUGAAGGUGGUGUUGCUCCAGAUAUUUCAACACCUGAGGAGGCCUUGGAUUUAAUCACCGCUGCGAUUAAGAAGGCCGGUUACGAAGGUAUAGUGUAUGUCGGUUUGGACGCUGCUUCUUCCGAAUUCUUCAUCGAUGGUAAGUACAGAGUCGAUUUCAAGAACCCAACAGAUGAUGAAUCAAAGCACCUGACUGGCAAGCAGCUUGCUGACUUGUACGUGAAGUUGAUCAAGGAGUAUCCUUUGGUGUUCGUCGAGGAUCCAUUUGCGGAGGACGAUUGGGACUCUUGGACCGACUUCCUGCCUAGGGUUGAGCUUCCAGUUGUCGCUGAUGACUUGACAGUCACGAACCCCGUGAGAAUCAGAACUGCAAUUGAGAAGAAGGCUGCCUCUUCUCUUCUGCUUAAGGUGAACCAAAUCGGUACACUUUCCGAGUCCAUUGAGGCAGCUUGGACAGCAUACAACGCUGGUUGGGGUGUGCUGGUGUCCCACAGAUCUGGUGAGACUGAGGACACCUUCAUUGCAGACCUCUGUGUCGGUUUGAGAACUGGUCAAAUCAAGACUGGUGCUGCUGCAAGAUCUGAGAGAUUGGCAAAGUACAACCAACUGUUGAGAAUUGAAGAAGAACUGGGUGACAAAGCAGUGUACGCUGGUCGCAACUUCCAGAAGUCUGUUCGUAUUUAGUUUUUUUUUGUUGCUGAACGCUUUUUUUUAUUUCUAAAGUGGUUAAUUCAAGACCUUUCUGUAUGAUUUUGGUGCUGAUUGUAGGUGUGAAGAGGUGAUGUCUCUGUGAUCUUCAAGGGUAAGCUUAUAAUGAUAUCUCAGGUGCUACACACUUAACUAUUAAACGGCUAUCAAUAAGUCACUCUCCGCUUCAAGUGCCGGCUCAACGUCACCUGUACUAAGAAAUGAUGUGAAUAAGAUAAUCCCUAACCAAUAUGACGCGAACAUAUACGAUGGACGAGUUAUUUCAUAAGAACGCAGGAAAACAGGAAAUACAAUGGCUGAAAGAGUGCCGUUG